AUGAAGGGCCAUUUGAAUUCUUUAAAUGAUGGUGCCCAAUCGGCUUUUAUUACAGGUCAGAAGAUUAUGGAUAAUAUUCUUAUGGCUCAUGAGUUGGUGUCAGGUUACCAAACUAGGGAAGGGCCUCCGAGAUGCGCGUUUAAAAUCGACAUCAAGAUGGCUUACGAUACGGUGGACUCGCAAUUCCUUCUUACUAAGCUUAUGGGAAUGCGGUUCAAGCUGGUUUUGGUCAAAUGGAUAAAGGAGAUGGUUUCAACUCCUUAUUCGCAUGUGAUUAAUGGUAAUACGUACAGGUUUUUUCAUGGGGGAAGGGGGCUAAGGCAAGGGGAUCCGUAA